AUGGUGCGGCUGCGUUCCUCGAUGAAAGUUCUUGAUUCUCUUCGGAACGAGCACAAGGCUGCACUGGAGGAAUUGCUUCAAGGGGGUGAAAGUAACGGCCAGCCAAAACCCCCCAAAGUCGAGUCAUUAGAAUCCUUUAUAGAUAAGAUUGAACGAGCAAUCGGUGAUGGAGAUGAGCUCCUCGCUGUUUCCGACUAUCUUCAAAUUUCUGAAGCUGAGAAGCAGAGACUAAAAGCUCAGAGUAGACGUCUUCUACACGAGAAUCGAUGGUUACGGGAAGAGCUCGCCAAUCUGCAAGUCCAAUAUCGCCAAAGUCAGGUGAAGGUAGUUGCACUAGAAGAAGAAAUCACUAAUCUCAAAUUUGCUAAUGAAAUGGCGAAAUGCGAUGCACCUGACCAGAGCGGUCUUCCCGGCGGUGAUGGCAGUGGCAAAGAUACUAAGUCUGGCGAUGGCCAGGAUAAGGAUGAGAGUGACCAGGAUGUUAUGUCGUCCAGUCAGACAACGAUGCUAUCGCAGAUUGUUAACAGCUACGAGAUUCCUGCUAGACUACGUACAUUGCACAACUUGGUUAUUCAGUACGCCAGUGAAGGCCGUUAUGAAGUCGCAGUUCCCCUCUGUAAACAGGCUCUAGAAGAUUUGGAGAACACUAGUGGUCGUGACCAUCCAGAUGUGGCCACUAUGCUUAACAUCCUUGCACUAGUUUACAGGGAUCAGAACAAAUAUAAGGAAGCAGCACACCUUCUCAACGAGGCCCUGGUUAUCCGCGAAAAGCAUCUGGGUCCGGAUCACCCUGCCGUUGCCGCUACGCUGAACAACCUUGCUGUCCUUUAUGGAAAACGGGGAAAAUAUACGGAGGCGGAACCUCUCUGUAAACGAGCUCUGGAAAUAAGGGAAAAGGUCCUGGGGUCGGAUCAUCCUGAUGUCGCCAAACAACUAAAUAAUUUGGCUCUUCUGUGUCAAAACCAAGGAAAGUAUGCGGAGGUUCACGAUUACUUGCUUCGAGCUCAGCGUAUAUAUGAGGAAAACGAUGUACCACAAAGGGUCUUCAAGACUCUCACUACUAUGGUGAGACAUUGUCUCACUUGUACUCUUCAUUCUUUUUUCCGCAUGACUGGUGUUGUAACCGAAUUCUCUGCUGAAUUGCCUGUCUGCCUGCCUUCUCGUCUGAUCGGCAUUUGUGAUCAGGUGGAACGUUACUACCAACGCGCCCUCAAUAUUUACACUUUCUGCUUCGGUCCUAAUGAUCCCAAUGUCAUCAAAACGAAAACCAACUUGGCCUCGGCCUAUCUGAAGCAGGCCAAAUACGCGGAGGCUGAAGCCCUUUACAAGGACAUUCUUACUCGGGCUCAUGAAAUGGGAUUCGGCAAAAUCACAGAUGAGAAUAAGCCCAUUUGGAUGCUGGCGGAGGACAGGCAGAACGGGAAGUGGGACCCUGCUAUCGCUAGCCAAGCCAUGACUCAACGCACCACCCUAAUGGAGAAUCCCACGGUGGCCACUAGUCUACGAAAUUUGGGUGCGUUGUAUCGCCGCUCGGGCAAAUUCGAAGCCGCCGAAGUCAUAGAGGAGUGCGCUGGUCGCCCCGGCAAGGCGGUUGAGGUUACUGUCCUCUUUUAUUUGUAG